AUGUAUUCUUCCUCAGAUCAUGCCCUGAAAGAAAAAGAUGCAGAACUGCAAUCAGUCAGAGACAGACUGACUGAGACUGAGACAUCUUACCAAGAGAAGCUUCAAGAAGAGAAAUCUGCCCUGAAAGAAAAAGAUGCAGAACUGCAAUCAGUCAGAGACAGACUGACUGAGACUGAGACAUCUUACCAAGAGAAGCUUCAAGAAGAGAAAUCUGCCCUGAAAGAAAAAGAUGCAGAACUGAGAUCAGUCAGAGACAGACUGACUGAGACUGAGACAUCUUACCAAGAGAAGCUUCAAGAAGAGAAAGCCGCUCUGAGUAAAAAAGAGGAAGAACUAAAAUCCUUCAAAGACAGAGUGGCAGCAGAGGUGGCUGUUUCAAUAAAGACAGGAGACAGUGAACGCAUCAACAGCCCAGUCAGCAAAAGCAAACUGACUGAGCGGUAUCACCAACUGAAACUGCUACAGUGGCCUAAAAUUAAAGAUCAUCUGAAAUCCAAUAAAGUGACUCCAGAGUUUACAAAGACUCUGAUUCAGAAACAAUUUACAGAUGCAACAGAAGAAAUGCGGGGAAAAAAGAAGCAGAUAGAAGAAGUGUUUAGCCUGAUUGAGUCCAACAGUGGACUGACCCCCCAAAAGGUUAAACAGUACCUUCAAUUAGCAAACCAGAAUCUUCAGAUGUCCCUUUAUUGCAGAAGCAAAGAUGAUCUGAAGGCUCCUGUCCUCAAACAUGAAGCUCAGUACUCCCAGGAUGUUAUGAAGGAGUUGAAACUUCUGGCCUCUGAAUGUUACUGGUUGGGUUGCUUGAUGGCUCUGACCAACCCUCCUCUUCAGCUAGACUGGCAGAAUCAUAUUCCAGGGAUGGACCCUUGGGACAUUUUGCCUAGAGAUAUAAAGUCUUCUUACACAAUGUAAAGGAAGCAAAA